ACAUAAACCAUCUUAAGUUUUGGUAACCCGUCAGUACGGUAUGAGUAUGUGGAUCCUAGGGAAGCUCCCCCAACAGACAGUCAGUGUGAACGGUGGUGACGUGUCACCGUGCAGCGCACUGCGCAGGCGCCGGAGCUGAGGCAGCGGCCUAGCCAGCGGGGAGGGGGAAGAGGAGGAUUCCCAGUGACGGGAGCAGUGACUGUUCCUCCUGCUGCUAGUACUCAUAUCUGCCCUCCUGUGUGUGCAGUGUCUUCCCAUGUGACACCCCCCCGUUUCCCGUGUUCCUGACUGUCCUGCCGCUGCCGCUCUUCCUCAUUCGCCGCUCUGCUGCACUUUUUCCGGAGAAACUCCUGCUACUGCCGUCGCUUGCCCGUAGCUGCCGGCGCCGCAGUCACCUAUGUGGGGUGUGAGAUAACGGUCCGUCUGUGUUCCAGCGACGUGCUGCUGCUCCCUGCCCUUGCUCAGCAUGCCUGUGCCCGCUCCCUGGAGGAUAGCUGCUGGCCUUCUGGCAAACCUGCUAUCGUCAAUCUGUAUUGUGUUUAUCAAUAAGUGGAUCUAUGUUCACCAUGGCUUCCCCAACAUGAGCCUGACCCUGGUGCACUUUGUGGUCACCUGGCUGGGGCUGUACCUCUGUCAGAGAUGUGGGAUGUUUUGCCCCAAGAGCCUUCCUGUCUCUAAGGUGCUGCUCCUGGCCCUCAGCUUCUGCGGCUUUGUGGUCUUCACCAACUUGUCCCUUCAGAACAACACCAUAGGCACCUACCAGCUGGCAAAGGUCAUGACCACUCCUGUCAUCAUCUUCAUCCAAACCCUGUGGUAUGGGAAGGCUUUCCCCCUCAGGAUCAAGCUCACCCUGGUACCUAUUACAUUAGGAGUGUUCUUGAACUCCUAUUACGAUGUGAAGUUUAAUGUCUUGGGGAUGGUCUUUGCUACACUCGGUGUCCUAGUAACAUCCCUUUAUCAAGUGUGGGUUGGAACCAAGCAACAUGAGUUACAGGUGAACUCCAUGCAACUGCUGUACUACCAAGCACCUCUGUCCUCUGCCAUGCUGCUCCCUGUUGUACCGUUCUUUGAACCAGUGGUUGGAGAAGGGGGGAUUUUUGGCCCAUGGUCACUCACAGCUUUGAUAAUGGUUCUUCUUUCUGGAAUUAUCGCCUUCACUGUAAACCUGUCUAUCUACUGGAUCAUCGGGAAUACUUCACCUGUUACAUACAAUAUGUUUGGACACUUCAAGUUCUGCAUCACUCUUUUGGGAGGAUACAUCAUAUUUCACGACCCCCUCUCGCUUAAUCAAGGAGCUGGAAUAUUGUGUACUCUGCUUGGCAUUUUAGCUUAUACACACUUUAAACUAAAAGAACAGGAAUUGAAUAAGAGUAAAUUAGUUCAGAGGCCGUAAUGCAUGUCUCUUGAGACAGCAAUAUUAUUAAGGAACUUUUUUCUAAGUAGAAUAAAGAAAUUUUUACAAUGAAGACUAUUAAAGAAAAGAAGUGAAUGCCAUUUCUGCAUUUAGUGGAUAAUAUUAAAUGAACAAGUGUCGGCAUUUUGAAGUUUUCCAGAAGAUACAAUUGAAGGCUACUACGAUGUUCUAAUGUACAUAUAUUACUAUGAACUGGUUCUUAAUCUAAUUGUCUGCAUGGUGCUUAUAAUCUCAAUUUUAUAAUUUGUCAUAACUCAAAAAAAUGUAAAGUUGUUUGCGAAGGUUGAUAUGAAACAAGAAAAUGUAAGCUUUGACUAAUCUGAUGUGUGUUUCGAUGAGUGGUCCAUAUACUGUAUAAAUGUUGAUUACCAUUUUAUGAAUUGGAAUGUGUAAUUACUAGAGGUGUUUAUGUCAGGGAACUUUGAAACCUCUGUGAGUGCUAACUCAAAGUUUGAAGAAAAAAAAUAUCCAAAUAUUCAGUAUUCAUAUUGAAUAAAUGUGAAAAACAUUUUAGUUAUUUUGCAAAUUUCUAAUUACUACAUUGAGAUUUUUAGAUAACAUUGGUGAAAAAACUAUUUUAUGUUUCAUUUGGUUGGAAACAAAAGUAUUGAUCACUUGAUCAAUGAAGAGUUCAUCCCUUAAAUUGAAAUGAAUAAAAUGGUACUUGUGCAGUCUUACUAUUUUUAGGAAAUUCUGUAGUUAUGAUCUUAUCAUAAUCGGAUUGUAAUAAUCUACAGCUGUUGCAUCUUUUUAUCCAGAGCUCCACUAGCCAAACACAGAUAAAAAAAAUAACCGAAAUACUUACUAGCAUUACUAAGUACCUCAUCCUACAGGUGAACGUAGUACCGAUUUUUGCGUAGUUAAACGAUUUUGACAAUUUUUUUGCUGCAGCGUAUGCGCAAACAUUUGAAUAAACACUUAACUAAAUACACAAACAAAAGGGUGCGAUGGUGUGCACAUUUGUUUAUGACCACGCUUUUACUUGUCAUGGCUGUUUUACAGCAUCUGCCUACGAUCUCUUUCACAGCACCGCAGCUACAGUGAACAUAUAACAAGGAAGACUCUGGGCCAGCCAGGGGCUGCUCGAGGAGUCGAUGGUGGAGAUAUCAGAUCUGCCAUUGCACUUGAGCAUUGCCCAGAUAUGCAAAGCGGUCACUGCUGGGCUUGCAGAGUCCAACGCACGGCAAUGCACAAGGGGAAUGUUUAAAGUCCCAUUCGCAUAUUUUCCCAUCUGAGAAUGGGUGAGAAUUUGCAGUUACACAUGAUCUGUGUGCACCUCUGAAUCGGGCCGAUUGUCACUGUCACUGAGAAGCAGUUAAUGCAAGGCUUUAGUUUUACUCUCAAAUGGCAUCAUAGCCUAAGUUACGGUACAUCAUUCAUACCUCCCGAGCUACUAAACAGAGACCACCAGGUAUAAUGAAUGUAAAGGCUGCUCUAUUAGUGUGGCAACAAAUCAUUCGGGUGAUUCAGAUCUGAUCGUAGAUGUGCUAAAUUUAGUACAUAUAGGAUCAGUUACUCUGACAUGCGGGGGACGCCCAGCACAGGCCUAGUCCGCCCCGCACGUCGGACCCUGCCCCCCUUCCCCCGCACGGGUGCGAAAGCUUCGCACAGCGGCGAUGCUUUUGCACCCGCCGAGUAGCUUCCUGCCUGCACAGCCUAAAUGCGCAGGGAACUACCCGCCGCAUCCCGGGUCGCAGCAGCUGCCGUCACGCAGCCGCAACCGUCUGGACGCCCAGAAGCGAUCGCAGCCCUGAGAUGCUUUUAGCAUCUCACUGGGCCUCGCACGCGCAGUGCUCCCCAAAGGGCUUCAGACUGCGAUUGCUGCUGCUGUAGCGAUCCAGUCUGAAUUAGACCCCAUGUCAAGAAGACCCUCUACGUGCAAGUGAGCGAAAAUAACUCUGUUAGCUACAAAUAUAAAUACACAAACAGGAAGUCUCUCACUCAGUUUAUAAGUAUAUGCAUUAAUAAUGUGAUAUAAGCAGCACAUCCCAUUAUGCCAUUGAUUUUAGAAUAUUCAUGAAUCACACUAUAUUUUUAGAUAACAAGACCCAUAUUCGACUGCUAUCUUUUUGUAGCGCAAGUACCCAAAAUAAGGUGUGCACAAAGAACCAAUGUCACAUUAGAAAGCACACACGGGCACCAAGUAACUCCUAAUUUAUAUACCUGAAUGAAAAUUUCUGCGAUUAACAGUUUUAUGCCAUCACAUGAGUGGUUAAUAUGAAAAAUGAUCUGUUAAUGUGAGCACAAAACAAUAAAGGAUAUUUUUGUUACUG